CUAGUGAACAUAAUGUUCUGAACAGUUUCCGUUGUUUGUCAUGGCCUUCUAUGAGAUGCUGUACGUGGGUGAAGCAGCAGGUGGCGCUAUAGUUUUUCUCUACCUUGGCUACUGCCCAUUCACGCAGGGACGAAGAAGACGACGGUCCUUUUCCGCUGCUGGUUUCGUCAAUCUAAUUGGCGACGAACGUUUAUCGAUAAAUCUCUCUUUUCACCUAUAAAUAGGUUUUUCUGUCAGGCAUAUUCACAGACGGAAGGAAGUGGGGAGUAUAAAAUGGGAGACCCUGCUUAUCAUCGAGACUGCCCCCUUGACUGCAAAGUGUACGUGGGGAAUCUGGGCAACAAUGGCAAUAAGACAGAGCUGGAACGAGCUUUUGGAUACUACGGCCCGUUAAGAACUGUUUGGGUUGCCAGGAACCCUCCAGGUUUUGCCUUUGUUGAGUUUGAAGAUCCCAGAGAUGCAUCAGAUGCUGUGAGGGAACUGGAUGGCAGGACUAUGUGUGGCUGCCGAGUGCGCGUGGAACUAUCCACCGGGGAAAAGCGCUCCAGGAGCCGGGGCCCUCCACCGUCUUGGAGUAGGCGUCCUCGGGAUGAACUUCGCCGUCGUAGUCCUCCAGUCAGACGCAGAUCACCAAGGAGGAGGAGCCUGAGUCGUAGUCGCAGCAGGUCUCUUUCAAGAGACAGACGCAGAUACCGGUCUCUGUCCAGAGACAAGAACCGCAAGCGUUCACGAUCCUUCUCCCGGUCAAGGAGUCGUUCCAGGUCGACUGAAAGGAAAUGAAGAUCUUGGAUUUUUGGGUCAAGAAGGCAGUUUUGUAUUUUUGAUUUUCUUUUCAGGUUUUCUUUCCCACAUUGAGGCGAUCUAAGCGCAGUAGUGAAAACGUGUGUUAAAUGAUGACUAAGGAUUUUCCUUCCAUUUUUCUGUCUUAAUGGUGAAGCAGAAAUCCAUUCUGGCCCUGCAUGCUUUCACUCAGAACUGUAUUUAGUUGAGCAGUAAUGUGCUUUUUAAGUGUUGAAUUAAACUCUUGUAUUUUUUGUUAUUUGUUGAUCAUUUUGUUCUUGUCGCCUCGUCUCUUCAGUGAGUCAUUGUGACAUGCAGUGGUGUGAACACAAUCAACACAAACUCAAUAAACAUGACAUUCAGAAGUG